GUUUGAAUCGCCCCAUCCACAUGUUCUAAGCGCGACUCUUCUUUUCAUCCGCCUAUAGCCUUCAACCUUUUUGUAUUCCCUCUCACUUUUGGGCUCUUUUUUCCAGUUGCACAGUGUUCUCGUCCGUCUCUGUUCAUUCCUACGAUAUUUGUGUUAGAGGGAAAAGAAUAACCUCGCUUGUUCUCAUUUUUGAUUUUAAACGCCUUCUAACACCAUGGACAGUUCAUAUUCCAAUCACUGGUCUCACGUUGACCUCGCUUUUCACGACGUUAACAGUCUUCUCAAGAAGUCCACUGCAACCAUGCCUCCCAAGCGGAUAACGCGGAGGUCGGUGGUGUCACCUUCUCCUGCCCUUUCCGAUGUAGGCACACCAAAGCCCGGAAAGCGCGGCACUCUGAUUCCAGUUGAGCAAGUCAGGAAUCAAACGCCCACCAGAUUCAGUCUCAGUUAUGGCUCCUCACUGGUGGCCAUGCCAGACAGGAACAAAACCGCCGCAGGUACCGAUCUCGAAACUGCCUUCGCCGAGAUCCACGAAACUGUCAGGACCGACAAUAUCAAGGCUGAGGCUCGCCGUCGAGAGCUUGAUGCGCGUAGGGGUAGCACAACUCCCGGCCCCAGACGCCCUGACACCAUUGAGGAAGAAACCGAAGAGGAGGAAGAGGAGGAGGAGGAGCAGGAAGAAUACGAAAACCAAGGUGGCUAUUACGACGACGAGGAAGAAGAGGAAUCCGAACCAGAACCGCCCCGACGUGCUGCAAAACCGACCCAAACUCUCAACAAGUUACAAGAUCAGAUUGAGAAGACAAAGCUACUAGAAAAGCAGAGGGCAGAAGAGGAGAGGGCAGCGGAAGAAAAGCAGAAAGCGGAGAAGGACGCCGCGGAGAGAGAAAGAAAGAGAGUAGAGAAAGAGAAGAAGGAUAAAGCAGAGAGGGAGAAGGCAGAAAAAGCUAUGAAGGAAAAGGCCGAAAGGGAGAAGAAGGAACAGGCCGCGAAAGCUCAACAAGAAGCCAAAGCAAAGGCUGCGCGUGAGGCCAAAGAACGAGCUGAACGAGAAGCCAAGAAAAGAGCACGCGACGAGGAGGCCGAGGAACAGGCCGAACUGGCACGAGCCGAACGAGAUGCCCGGCUAAGACGUGAGCAUUCUGAAGAGGCGCGGCGUCAAGCGGAACAGAAGCAUGCAGCAGAGGCCGCGCGUAAGAAGGAAGAGCAACGCCGAGAUCGAGAGGCCCGAGAAGCGGAGAUGGCAAGCCUGGAGGAAGCAAAGAGGCAGGCCAUGCGACCACCCCCUCCACCUUCCAAACAACUGCUUUCGACACCACUUACUUCCAAGACAAGGGACCUUGUGGCACCCGAUACCGGCAACAGUUACGUUGAGGAAAGCGAUGUUUACACCGACUCAGAAAAGCGGAGGGAAGGGCUAGAAGAAGAGAGGCGAGUGGCUCAACAGAUGCGACUGUAUACCCCAGAGCCUCCGGAACCACCCAGAAUCGCAAGGCGACCAGCGUCAACUCUCUCCAGUUCUUUACAGCAUGCUCAACAUCCGGUCAAUCAACACCAAGAAUUGUUCGACACAGAGGCGGAAUCCAUGUCUGACAAACAGUAUCCGUCCUUUGGCAAGGUUUCCAAACCCACAACGGCGAGACCGAACCGAACAUCCAGGCCGCUAUCCGAACAGUCAAAUACCACAAACGGGGAAACACCACCUCCUCCGUAUACUACUGCUCCUACCUUCAUGCAACGAUUACUGAGUUUGGUUCGUCGUUCGAUAUGGGGCGUGUGGAAGCUGUUCACAUACCUUCUACCACUGCUCCUCCUCGCUCUGGUUGUCUUGAGCGCGUCUUCGUAUGGCUCACCGGAUUCGGAUAGCAGCAUUCGAUGGUAUGGCUGGAAGCACUGGAGGAGCAACGUCGGGCAAUUCAUCCCCGGUCAUCCGCAAUUGACGGAUGAUCAGUUGAAUAACUUGAAGGAUUAUAUCCUUGAACAAUCCUCUUCUACAGAGAGUGCUGUCAAGAACAUCCAGACUCUUCUUCCCCGGAUGGUGCACGUUAAGCGUGGUCCAAACGGUGAUCUCAUCAUUCAGGACGACUUCUGGCAUGCUCUUCUGGAUAGAAUGCUCAAGGAUAGCUCCGUUCUUACUCUUGACGGUACCGGUGACAUCUCCGAGGAGCAUUGGGACGCAGUGCGACUGCGCCUCGUCAAGGCCGGGCUUUUCGAAAAGGGCCCAUCGGAUGAGCAUAUCUUGCAGAUUGCUGAAGGCUCCGUUUCCAAGUCCUGGGAACGUUGGGUAUCCAAAAACGGGGAGAAGGUCGCCCAGAUUGUCAAGGAGCAUCUACCGGGAGACAAAGGCGAUGGGGUCACGCGUGACGCAGCCAUCAGCCGGGAUGAGUUUGUGGGCCUCCUGAAGAAGAGGAUUGCAGAACACAAGGAGGACAUUGAUGAUCGGUUGGAUGCCGUCAAGAAAGGGCUGGAGACACUCAUCGACACCACGGUCAAGGCGGCCAUCUCCAACUCCGAAGGCAGUCUCUCCAAGUCCGAUAUUACCACGCUGGUCAGAAACAUCGUCAAGAAGGAGAUUCCCCGAGCGCAACUUGAGGCAGCCGCUAAGGACGGCAUCAUGCGCAACUACCACGACUACAUUGAAACCCAAGUCAACCACUUCGGCCUGGGCAAUGAAGCUGGUAUCGUGUACACGGAAUCAUCCCCCGUUUAUAGACUUGAGUCGCAAGCACUUCCCGGCAACAAGCAUCUGGCCAAGUUGCUCGGCAAGCCAAAGCCCAUUUCUGUCAAAGAUCAAGUCAGCAUGGAAGGGGAAUACAUGAUGGCACUCUCUGCGUGGAGCGACGUUGGCCAGUGCUGGUGCGCUGGCAUCACAUCCAGCAGGGGAGUCCAGCUCGCCGUGGAGAUGGCCAACUAUGUCAUUCCCCAAGCCAUCGUCGUCGAGCACGUCCACCCGAACGCGACGAAUGAUCCUGGUUCGAUGCCCAGAGACAUUGAGAUUUGGGGAUACUAUCCGGACGCGGAUGACAACAAGCGUCUCCUGGCUUGGAUGGACGAGCUAUACCCAGGCGAACGCGAAGCUGACUUGAAGAGGGUCGACGACGACAACAAAAAGUCGCUGUCCCUGAUCAACAAGAAGUACGUCAAGAUCGGCGAGCUGGAGUACGACUAUGCAAAGACCAGCGGUAGCCACGGCAUGUUUGUCCACAAGCUGUCGGAGGAGUUGCUCGAUCUGGAUGCGGCGACGUACAAGGUGUUGGUCAGAGCCAAGACCAACCACGGGGCGCAGGAUCAUACUUGCUUCUACCGGCUGCAACUGUUUGGGGAGGAAUUGGAGGUUGAGGAUGAGGAAUAAGCAGGAUUGGUAGUGGGUAUAUGGGCGACGGGUCUUGAGCAGUCGAUUAUAUAUGGGAAGGAAAAGCAAGGAAAUUGGGAAUGGGGCAAGGCGUUUGGUCUUUCUUUAUCGCUUUUAACUUUGGGGAACGUAUAGGUGGGUUGGUUUCAUUGCGGGUGGCUACGAAGGAAUCAUAUGAGCGAGCGAUACCCGUCUUCAGGCUCAUUUUUCUUGGUUCAAUACAUGGUGCUUUCAUGAUACUUUGGCUCUUUUCAUUGCUCAGGCAUGGUGUUUGAUGGUUGAAUGUUGCUGUACUUCUAGGUGAAAUAUGUAAAUUGCUGAAUUAGUGGGUGCUCAAAUCACCCAAAAUUUGAAUCUCUAUUCUGAAG